AUGAUGAGUUCUUCUUCUCCAAGUCAACUUGCAUCAUUAAGAGACAUGGGAAUCUAUGAGCCAUUUCAACAAAUUGUUGCUUGGGGAAAUGCUUUCAAAUCUGAUAUCAAUGAUCAUAGUCCCAAUACUGCUACUUCAUCGAUCAUACAAGCGAAUUACGCUUCUUCUUCGAAUAAUAACCAGAUCGAAGCAGAACCUUCUAUUAAUGAUCUUCAGGAUGAUGAUGAUGGCAGAGUUCAUGAUAAGAUGAAACGACGUUUAGCGCAGAAUCGAGAAGCUGCUCGAAAAAGUCGUUUGAGAAAGAAGGCGUAUGUUCAACAAUUAGAAGAAAGUCGGUUAAAGUUAUCGCAGUUAGAGCAAGAACUCGAAAGGGCUAAGCAGCAGGGAUUAUGUGUACGCAACUCGUCAUCAGGGAGGAUUAACACAGGGAUUGCUUCAUUUGAGAUGGAAUAUUCACAUUGGCUUGAAGAACAAAGUAAGAGAGUUAGCGAAAUCCGAACAGCGCUUCAAGCUCAUAUAAGCGAUGUAGAACUCAGGAUGCUAGUAGAGAGUUGCCUGAACCAUUACGCAAACCUCUUUCGAAUGAAAUCUAAUGCAGCGAAAGCCGAUGUUUUCUACUUGAUAUCGGGCAUGUGGCGAACUUCAACAGAAAGAUUCUUCCAAUGGAUCGGAGGAUUCCGUCCUUCCGAACUUUUAAACGUUGUGAUGCCUUAUCUUCAACCAUUAACCGAUCAACAAAUCUUGGAAGUCCGAAACCUUCAACAAUCAUCACAACAAGCAGAGGAUGCUCUGUCUCAAGGGAUCGAUAAACUUCAACAAAGUUUAACUGAAAACAUUGUGAUUGAUGCGGUUAUCGAGUCCACGGACUAUCCCCCGACUCACAUGGCUGCAGCAUUAGAGAAUCUUCAAGCAAUAGAAGGAUUUGUGAAUCAAGCAGAUCAUUUGAGACAACAAACAUUGCAACAAAUGGCGAAAAUCUUGACGACAAGACAAGCAGCUCGAGGUUUGCUUGCAUUGGGAGAGUAUCUUCAUAGGCUUCGUGCUCUUAGUUCUCUAUGGGCAGCUCGUCCACGAGAACCAACUUAA